GAUGGAUCUGACAAUUCCCUUCCUGGAUCUCGAGCUGGAUCCACUGACAUACUAGCAACUUCACUUAUACUUAGGAAGAGAAAGCCCGACAUGCAUUAUCAUCUGUUAGGUGUCUGCGCCGCAGCCAUCGGGGCCCUAUUGCCCGUGGUGGCGGCUCAGUGCAACCGGACCUACAUCCAGGCCUUCUCGGACGAGUACGUCAAAGCGCACGAGAGCGGGCAGCUCAACCAGCUCGAGAACAUCGCCGACAACUUCACCUACAUGGAGAACAACCAGACGGCCGAGAUCACGGGCGGCAUCUUCAACAACGCGCUGAAGAUCGACCACCGGCACACCAUCGUCGACGACGUCGACUGCGCCUCCUUCACCGAGCUGAUCAUCACGCACAACGCGUCGGACGAGCCGGCACCCUACGUGAUCGGCACGCAGAUCCGCCACAGCCCGGGCGACCUGAGCGUGUACCUGAUCGACCUGGUCGUCUCGACGACGGGGUCGUGGCUCUUCAACGCGUCGCGCACGCUCGAGUACGCGUCCAAGGAGAACUGGACCCUGAUCGACGAGGACAAGCGCGACUCGCGCGAGGCCCUAAGGCAGGCCGCCGACGCGUACCUCGACAUGUGGAGCAACAAGAGCGCGAUCGAUGCCGUGCCGUGGGGCACGCCGUGCGUCCGCCUCGAGGGCAGCGUGUACACCGGCUCGGGGCUGCCGACCGACUCCUGCAAGGUCGGCAUCCCGACCAACAACAACCAAGCGCCUAACUCGGGCCGCCGUUACGUCGUCGACCCGACCUACGGCUCCAUUAGCGUGCUGUGCGUCUUCGAGCACCUGAGCAUGGCGCCCGAUAGCCACGAGUUCCGCAUGGAGAAUGGGAAGUUAAGGUAUAUCCACACUAUCACGCUGGCUAAUAGCGGCUUCUCCAGGGAGGAGGAGCUUACGGCGGCGCCGCAUGUGAGGAAUAGGAGACGGGUAGGAGGUGCUUCGAGCCGAUUAGGCGGGUCGUAAGUGGGUGGCUAGAUCGUGGAGGCUCUAGAUUGGAGCGGCAAACAUUGAUAUGAUUCAAUUACGGGUGGAAUUAUGACAGCUUGUUCUUUGGACGAUGAGAAUAUGUAAAUCCAGGUUAGCCUAGGACAAAAGUAGGCAGAGCCUUCGUCAGUAUCGAGACCCUACAUUUAGCGUAGCGAUCACAGCCUUUCAAUACCCUCAUACCUUGUACCAAUGCUUGAAAUAUCUGUCUCUACGUUAGCUCGGUAUGUUUUAGGAUCACCC